UCACCCCCAACACUCCUCGUAAUCAGCUCUCCUCUCCUGAUCCUCUCAUCUCAACCGUCCAUCACAAUGCCUGGCCUCACAAUUGGCGACCAAAUUCCCGACCUCGAGGUUGAAACCACUCACGGCCCCCUCCGUCUUCACGACUUCAUUAACGACUCUUGGCUCAUCAUCUUCUCCCACCCCGGUGACUUCACCCCCGUGUGCACCACCGAGCUCGGAAAGAUCGCCGAGUAUGCGGAGGAGUUCAACCGCAGGGGUGUCAAACUCUUGGGUCUCUCUUGUGAUGAAAGAGAGUCUCAUAAAGAGUGGAUUAAAGACAUUGAGGCUUUUACGCCAGGAUGUCGUGUGACGUACCCGAUCAUCGCUGAUCCGAAUCGCGAGGUGAUAAUGAAGCUGAACAUGGUGGAUCCGGACGAGAAGGAUUCCAAUGGGCACAUUGUACCAUCCCGGGCACUUCACGUUGUCGGCCCUAAUAAAAAGGUUAAGCUGAGUUUUUUAUACCCAGCGUCAACGGGCCGGAACAUGGACGAAGUAUUGAGGGUGGUGGAGUCACUGCAGACGGUGGCGAAGCACAAGGUGGCAACGCCGGUGAACUGGAAACCAGGGGACAAGGUGGUCAUUUCACCCUCAGUGUCCAAUGAGGAAGCGAAAAAACAGUUCCCGCAGGGAUACCAGACCGCUGACAUCCCUUCAAACAAGGACUACCUUCGUUUCACUAAUGUCUGA